CAAACCCUCCUCGGAUCAGGCAAGUUAUCUCUACUGCUGUGAUGAUAACAGUCGCCUGUUUACCGCUCAUGAAGAAGUGUCAAACGAACCAAUGAUUGGUGGGAUAAGUGUCCGUCAUAACACAUGCAAGAGCUCCUAUCUCCAACUCGCACGCAUAGUCCAGUGAACCCCAAAACACCGAGUCAGACGAUGCUGGGGGACUAUCCGACCAAAGCACGUAUAAAAGGGCCUCCCCAGGAGGCUUACACCCCAGAGGACUCAUUGACCUCCCCAGCUUUGUUCCCGAGCCGCCUCCCGCCUUCCGAACACCAUGCUCUGCCUGUCAUUGAUCACCCUCGGCCUCGGCGCGCUCGCCUAUGCUAGCCCAGCAAAACGCGCCCAGGCACUCUCCGUCUCGCUCACGGGGCCCUCGUCGGUUAACUCUGUCGGCGAACUGAAGCUCACUGCUGCCGUGAAGAACGCGGGCGCGGAGGACGUGAAGAUCCUGAAGUAUGGUACGGUUUUGGAUGGGAACUUGCCCACGCGCUCGUUCCGUAUCUCCAAGGACGGACAGAAGGCGAAGUUCACCGGGGCAAAGAUCUCCGUGGACCUGAACAAGGUCAGCGAUGGUGCCUUCAUCACCAUCCCCGCCGGCCAGACCUACACGGUCGAGCACGACAUCUCCGCCCUCUACGACUUGGAGUCCCUGGGCACGGGCUCGUACUCCAUCGAGCCCGUCACGACCUUCCAGAUCUGGUCGAACGACUCCGAGCCCGUCGACCGCGCGAAGGCCCAGAUCGGCAGCGAAGCCUUCGCCGUGAAGGUGAACGGUGACGUCAAGCGGCGUGAACUCCCGCGCAAGCGCGCGACCGUCAGCUGCGACGAUACCAGCCAGGCGAGCUACAUCUCGUCCAGCUACCAGGAGGGCCAGGAGCUCGCGUCGAUAGCCUCGGAUUAUGUCUCGAGCAACGGCAGAGACGACCUUUACACCUCGUACUUUGGCACGACCCCCACCUCCACCGUCAUCGGCGUCCUUGACAACGUGGCGAACGAGGACGACUCCGGGCGCACGCUGAACUGCGCGGACGUCGCGAACGCGUGCGACGACGGCGUGAUCGCAUACACGCUCACGUCCACGACGGACAUCUACUUCUGCGACAUCUUCUACGACGAGGUGGAGACGGAGCAGCUGUGCUCGGGCACGUCCGUCGCGUCGCGCAACAUCCGCGGCGGGACGGUCCUGCAUGAGCUUACGCAUGCUACUUCCGGCACGGAGGACGUGGGCUACGGGUGCGACUAUGACCAGAGCCUUGGCGAAUCGAGUCCCGACGAGGCUGCUGAGAAUGCCGACAACUACAACUGCUUCUCCACUCAGGUCUAUGCGAGUACCAAGUGCUAAUCCGGCUCAGACUGGUAACAGCGAGCAUUGAAAUGAUGUACAUGGAUUCAUUCAUGAUCUCAGUUUGAAUUUAACGAAUGAAUGGUUGUAAUAACCACG